AUGGAACUGUACAGUAAAAAGCUUGGUCUCGCCUGUAUUACUGGGAUAGGUAAUAUGGAGCCUCAGUACGCCAUGACAAGACACAAUGUAGGCAUAUGCUUUGUGGAUUAUCUGAAAGAUUACUUAUUGCGAGGCCAGCAACCUAAAGAAUUCAAGAAAUGCCGUUCUGCGCCCUACGUCAAAUAUCUGUGUAUAUCAAAUCAAUUAGUUCUACUACGCUACGACGGGAACUUCAUGAAUCUUAGUGGUAAGUAUGUAGUCCCCAUAUGGAGCCAAUUACCGAAUAGGCAUGAAGUCAGACAUAUAGUAGUCCACGAUGAUUUGAGUCUUCCCGUGGGAAAAGUGCAACUACGGAAGCCAGAAAGCAGUCUGAGAGGUCACAAUGGGCUGAAAGACAUUGCAAAAUACUAUGGAAAUCGCUUUCAUAAGCUCUCAGUCGGUGUUGACAGGCCUGAAAGUAGAGAUAGUGAUAUCGUCGCAAAAUACGUUCUAAAUAAGUUCAAUACCAGAGAGGUCGAAGUGCUUCAAAGUGAAUCCUUUCCAAGUGCUUGCAAUCUUCUGGAGAAAAUGUUGUUGUCAUAA